UCUGCGUUUGCCUACGUGAUUACACAUCUAUCAAAAUCUGUCUGGAAAUAUGGCGAUCUACUUUGUGAACACUGAUCACUUUCUUUUUUAAAAUGCCUAAAAGUUAAUUCAGCACAUUUAAUAGGGGGGAGAAUCAUACAAAAUAGAUCCUCCCCUGUGGAAAGGUGCUGAUACCCUCCAGACGAGAAAACCAAGAUCUUCAGAUAAACACAGUUUUAGAAGGAAAACACCAUGCGUUAUUAUAGUAAAGUGAAAGUGUUAGUCACUCAGUUGUGACUCUGUGUGACCCCAUGGACUGUAGCCUGCCAGGCUCCUCUGUCCAUGGGAUUCUCCAGGCAAGAAUACUGGAGUGGGUAGCCAUGCCCUCCUCCGGGGGAAUCUUCCCCACCCAGGGAUCGAACCCAGGUCUCCUGCACUGCAGGCAGAUUCCUUACAGUCUGAGUCGCCAUGGAAGCCCCAAACCUUGGUAUGUUAAUUACUUUGAAAUCUCCCCAAACUAUAAUACUGUUUUAGCAUCUUUAAAAAUUUUUUUAAAUUUUGUUGGAGUAUCAUUAACAAUGUUGUGAUACUUUCAGGUAUACAGCAAAAUGAUUCAGUUAUAUGUAUACAGUAUCUAUCCUGCGUCAGAUUCGUUUCCCAUUUAGAUUAUUGCAUAGUAUUGAGCAGAGUUCCCCGGUGCCACGGUUUCAGUUUCUUAAAAGAUGGAAAUGUUAUUCUGUCUCAGUGGUUCUCAACCAAAGGCGGUGUCUGACCCAUGAAGGAUAUUUGGCAAUGUCAGGGGACGUUUCUGAGCAUCAUGCCUUGGGGGUUGGCUGGGGAGGUGCUGCUUGCCCCUCGUGGAUGGGGACCAGGGAUGCUGCUAAACAUCUUACAGGGCACAGCGCGGGGUCUACCCCACGAGAAAGAAUCCAGCCCGGAUGUCCAGAAGGUCAAGGGGCUCAAGUCACGGCGACAGAUCUGCCUGAUGUGCUGGGGAACCUACAAUACAAUCUCCUAAAGAACACGCUCAACUGCACCACGUAUCUGCCGGAAGUGAAGGAGCUGGUGUGGGGGGAGGGCCUGGAGCAGAGCUUCCCCAAGUCCACGCUUUACUACGACUACGUGCUGGCCUCCGACGUGGUCUACCACCAUUACUUCCUGGACAAGCUGCUCGCCACCAUGGUGUACCUCUGUCAGCCAGGAACGGUGCUGCUUUGGGCCAACAAGUUCAGAUUCAGCACCGACUACGAAUUUUUAGACAAAUUCAAGCAAGUUUUUGACACGACACUCUUGGCUGAAUCUCAAGAGUCAUCGAUCAAACUCUUUAAAGGAAUACUAAAAUGGGACUGAACGAAACAAAAUGCCUUUCGAAACAUUAGUGGGUCUGUUGAACAGCGUUAGAAAUUUUAUAAGGUAGCGAAGGUAGUGUGUAGAAUCAACGUGUCUACCUAAAAUAAACCUGAUUAUUACAGCAGCUCUAUAAAACAACCUAUUUCGGAUUAUCUGGUUAAUUGAAAUAUACACAGGCACAGCACGAAAACAGGAAAGUAGCUUUGUUGGCUUCCUAGAGUUCUCAAUUAAGUGUUUAAUAAAUUUUACAUGAACACAUUAACUAGUGGAUGUCCCCUUGUUAUUUCUGCUGGAGAGCAUGGUCUUAAACUUGUCAAUAUACACUCAUCACAUGCUUUUUGAAACUGACCUCGGCAGUGUCCAUGUAUUUUAUUUCAGACUCUACUUCAUACAAAUUUCAGCUGUAGCAAAACGAGAGGGUACAGAGUAAUAGAAAAGUUACAGGCUUAACUUAGCAACUUUGCAAAACUCAGCAGUGGCCACAGGACUGGAAAAGGUCAGUUUUCAUUCCAAUCCCAAAGAAAGGCAAUGCCAAAGAAUGCUCAAACUACCGCACAAUUGCACUCAUCUCACAUGCUAGCAAAGUAAUGCUCAAAGUUCUCCAAGUCAGGCUUCAACAGUAUGUGAACCGUGAACUUCCAGAUGUUCAAGCUGGAUUUAGAAGAGGCAGAGGAACCAGAGAUCACAUUGCCAACAUUCAUUGGAUCAUCACAAAAGCAAGAGAGUUCCAGAAAAAUAUCUACUUCUGUUUUAUUAACUAUGUCAAAGCCUUUGACUGUGUGGAUCACAACAAACUGGAAAAUUCUUAAAAGAGAUGAGAAUACCAGACCACCCUACCUGCCUCUUGAGAAAUCUGUAUACAGGUCAAGAAGCAAGAUUUAGAACUGGACAUGGAAUAACAGACUGGUUCCAAACAGGGAAAGGAAUACAUCAAGGCUGUAUAUUUAACUUCUAUGCAGAGUAUAUCAUGUGAAAUGCCAGGCUGGAUGAAGCACAAGCUGGAAUCAAGAUUGGUGGGAGAAAUAUCAAUAACCUCAGAUAUGAGGAUGAUACCACCCUUAUAUAAGAUGAAAGUGAAAGAAGAGAGUGAAAAAGUUGGCUUAAAACUCAACGUUCAGAAAACUAAGAUCAUCACUUCAUGGCAUAGUGACAGACUUUAAUUUUGGGGGCUCCAAAAUCACUGCAGAUGGUGAUUGCAGCCAUGGAAUCAAAAGACGCUUGCUCCUUGAAAGAAAAUCUAUGACCAACCUAGACAGCAUAUUAAAAAGCAGAGACAUUACUUUGCUGACAAAGGUCCGUCUAGUAAAGGCUAUGGUUUUUCCAGUAAUCAUGUAUGGAUGUGAGAGCUGGAGUAUAAAGCUGAGCACCGAAGAACUGAUGCUUUUGAACUGUGGUGUUGGAGAAGACUCUUGAGAGUUCCUUGGACUGCAAAGAGAUCCAACCAGUCCAUCCUAAAGGAGAUCAGUCCUGAAUAUUCAUUGGAAGGACUCAUGCUGAAGCUGAAACUCCAAUACUUUGGCCACCUGAUUUGAAGAACUGACUCAUUGGAAAAGACCCCGAUGAUGGGAAAGAUUGAGGACAGGAGAAGGGGACGACAGAGGAUGAGAUGGUUGGAUGGCAUCACUGGCUUGAUGGACAUGAGUUUGAGCAAGCUCCAGGAGUUGGUGAUGGACAGGGGAGCCUGACGUGCUACAGUCCAUGGGGUCGCAAAGAGUUGGACACAACUGAAUGACUGAACUGAACUGACUGAUAGGCGUAACACUGGCUGAAACGGAAAAAUACAGAUACAGUGCUGGGACGAGGAAAUGGGUCUUUUCUAAGGGCCUGGAACUAGUGCUGAGAACACUGUAUACCAGCCCCUGGUGCUUCUUUCAGAUGUUCACCUGCAUCCAGACCUUUCCACUGCUUUCAAUGGUGUGGUGCAGACACUGGCUACCAGCACCAGAGAGGAAACCUGUCUCAAUUUCUAAUAGCACUAUUUUGCUAGUGUCAUCAUUUGAAUCAACCGUCAGCUGCUUUGCAGUAUUUCUCUAUUGGCUUAUUAAGAGACGAUAUAUCCUGUAUGCUGUUGGCUUGUAACGUAACUCUCACAAUGAACCUGUUAAGUAAAUUAUUGGCAAAGACAGUCUGUGAAACAACCAGCAAACAAUUUGCUGAAACAAUUUAUCUCCUCAGGAGAUGUUAUCCUUAACAAAAUUUCAAUCAUAAUAAUGAUUAUUACUAAAGACUGUUUCUGAACUUAAUAUAGAUGAAAUCUAACCAUGUAUAUUCUUUUAUGAUAUGGUUCUCCACUGAACACUGUAUUUAUGAGACUUAUCACGUGUUAACUCGUAAAGCCUUUUUUGAGGCUGAUGUACAUUUUCCAAAUUAAUUUAGUAAUUCUUUUAAAAGUCAUGUUUUUUUUGAAGUAAAUAUGUAUAAAAAUAAAUGUACACACCAUUAAACUACUAUUUUGGGAAUUCCCUGGCGGUCUGGUGGUUAGAACUCUGCCCUUUCACGGAUGAGGUUGUGGAUUUGAUCCCUGGUAGGGUCUAAGAUCUCAAUAAGCCAUGUGGCACGAUAAAAACAAUACAAAAAACCCCGUUUUUCUGUGACGAUAGGAAAGAGAAGGUGAACAG